AUGGGUCGUUCGCGUGUUCGCUCGUUUAUUUCCAGCUUCGGGGGUCAGAAAAACAAUGACUCCGGCAAAGGAAGCAGGCUAUCGUCCAGUAACGCCACUCCGGAGAGUGUGACGCCCGCCGAUACACCACCCCGGUGGCAAACUCCUCCCCCCGAGACAGCAUCGACAUCGCCCCCCUCUGAGUUAUCACCGGUGGGAUCUGCUCCAAGAAACAACGGAGGCUCACGUCCGGCAUCCAUGGUGUUCUCGCGCAAUCCGCCGUUACUCCAGCAGGCGAACGACACCCCGCCGGAGCUGUCGCCAAUUUUUUCCUUUCUGAACAUUCACACCAACAAGGUCUACCAGGAAGGAUAUUUCUUGAAAUUGAAUGAUCUGGAUUCUCUUGGUCGACCUUCUGGUGAUCGGCAAUGGGUGGAAUGCUAUGCGCAACUUGUCGGGACCGUUCUUUCGCUAUGGGAUGGUGCUGCGCUGGACGCAGCAGGUGGCGAAGAGGUCCCUGCGACCUUUAUCAAUUUGGCCGAUGCGUCAAUCAAGAUGAUUGAGACCCUGCCGAUCCGAAAUGGUGCUGUACAGCCAUUGAAGAAUGUCCUGAGCCUUUCAUCUGCAGGCAAAAACCGAUACCUUUUGCAUUUCAACUCCUUCCACUCCUUGACGCAAUGGACCGCCGCGAUUCGUCUCGCGCUGUUCGAACACACAUCUUUAUAUGAAGCUUAUACCGGAUCUCUGAUUGCAGCCAAAGGAAGGACUCUCAAUGGAAUCAACACCAUCCUAGUACCCACGAAAUUCAAAUACGAAGACUGGGCGCGCGUGCGAUUUGGAGCUGGAACUCCAUGGAGACGGUGCUGGUUCGUCAUCAGUCCGCCAGACGAGAAAGAGAUGCAAAAAGCGCGCAAGAUCAUCAAGAAAUCGGCAUAUGACCGCUUGUCAAUUCCGGUCACUGGAAAUAUCAAAUUCUACGAGACCAAGAAGACCAAAAAGGUGACACCAAUUGCCACCAUCACUAAUGUGUAUUCGGCAUAUGCAAUUUACCCACAGUCCAAGGCUUUAAUCGAUGCAUCGACACUGGUGAAGUUGGAGGGUCGGAUUACUACCCAUGCAGAUGGAAGCUCCAAGGAGGGUCUUGUGUUUGUUAUGCCUGAACUGCAUGCUGCUGUAUCUGGAUUCGAGAUGAUGCUGCGAUUCCUCUUCCCAACAUUCGACACUUUCAAUUUAUACGGCCGUCCGACUCGCCUGGUGGCCGAUACCAACCACAUUAAGAGUAUCAUGUUUGCAUUCCCCAAGGAGCGACGCUAUGGAUAUUUGGAUGUGCUGGAUAUUGCCAGUCUCCUACAGACACCCGGAAGCCAGGAGUGGAGCGAGGCAGAGUGGCGGAAACAGUUGAAAGCAGCAACCCAGCGACGAAUCUCGGCAGGCAGAAGCAGAACCAACAGCGUCAACAGUUCGAAGCCUCGUUAUCGCUCUAGCAUGUCUGGCCGCUACAGCGAUGUCCCCGUUGACCCUCGCCGUCAAGUCUCUGCUUUCCAGAACAAGCCCGAAUUCAACCACUCCGCGGAGGCAGUUAUUCAAGAAGUUCCCAGGAUCGACGGAUCGCCACUUUCGUAUCACACUCGUGGAUUCUCCGACACCACCGGUUUCAACAGUGCCCCCACAACCGGUCGUGGAUUGGCCGAGAGCUCCCCUAACUCAUCUGCUCAAGACCUAGCGCCCCGUGAUGGAACCCCGACCGUGGCUCCCAUUGCCGAGAAUUCAAGCUCCGAUAGUCUUCCAGCCCUUGAAAAUGGACAUCUCGAGCCUGUGAGAGAGCAGCAUCCACCUCCUACUCCACCAUCGCCCGUUAUGAGUCCGCCCGCAUUUUCGCAUGGUCCCAGAGAGAUGCCAGCCAACCGGCCGGAAGCAUCAUCGGAGCAGAGGCUUCAAAACAAUCGCAUGUCUCACGCCACCCUUUCUCAACUCACAUCGGUUGGAGGGGCUGGGUUGAGCGCCGCCGCCGCCGCCGCCGCUUGGAAACAGUCGCAGCAACCAAACGAGCAGCAGCCUCAGCAACGGGACCCUAACAACAUCUACCACCCUAGUCACAUCGCCUCUAACAAUUCUCUUGCACACUCCUCGAGCGACGAGUCCAUGACCAUGGCAGUCCCAGUUCGCCCGCCCAAGGUUCCGGAACACCGCCCUAAUACCACCAACACUGGCGGCCCCUCCCCUCAGCGGUCAUCCCCCCAGCGUGUUCCAAUUGACACUAGCAAGUCCGUCCGACGCAAGCCAGUCCCACAGCGCGACAUAUUCGCCGACGAGUCACAAGGACAAGGCGAACCGAGCUAUGAUGAUCUGCGCCACACCCUUGACGAGGAUGUGCUGAACCAAAUUGCUCCCCACCUUCCGUCCCCGAUCUCGUCAGCAGCCAGAAACGACGAGGAAAGCGUCUACGAUGAUGCUUCGACGGUGUCGCCUGACUAUGCCAGUACCCAUGGCUCUGUCUACAGCAAGAAUUCGACCAAGUCGACCAAGCCCAGAAUGGGUGUUAUGAAGACCGUGGGAGUUCCAGCUGCUAAAGAUCUUGUCAUUGGUGACGCUCGCUAUACUACGGACAAAGCGCCAACCUCGAAUCCCGACAUCCCCAACGUGGACUUCGGGCCAACUAUGACCUACAUGCCUACCACUGGACGCCCGAGCACUGGGGAUGCUUUGAAGAAGCCACUUCAUCAACGGAGGGAUUCGGAGGGAACGAAGCUCACGAUCCCUACUCAUCAAAUGGACCAGGCUAAUGGAAGACCAUCCUCCCAAGAGGAGUACCGGCGGAGUAUGCUGUGGCAACCUGGAAUGGCAUCUGGUCGCCCUGUCACACCUGGUGGCCUUACCCCGGAGCAAUAUGUACAGCAACGGGCCGCUCCCAGCCCUCCGAUGCACAUGCACAAUCGUACCCCCUCUGGAGCCACAAUGGUGCAACGCCCGGUAUCCGGUGAUUGGGCUCAGCUCGCGCGCUCUAGCUCGCCUAUGAACCGGGAUCCUAACUACCGCUCCAGUUCGCCCAUGAACAGAGAUCCCAACUACCGUCCCUCAUCUCGCGGUGCCACCAGCAUGCUCAACCACAAUGAUGCCUCAAUCCAUCUUUCUGCCCGUGAGCAGGAGCACGUCGCCCGCAUGACCGGUUCGUCAUUUUUCAACAUGAACAAUGAUACCCGCAAGCCCCAUGCACCGGUGAAUCCUGGUGGUCUCGUCUCUGCCAUUGACGCUCGCGAGCGCGAGAAGCGUGAGAUGAAAGAGGGAAUGUCGAACCAGAUGGUCCAGCAAGCCAUUGCACACCGCCAGCAGCACAUGAUGCACCAGCAACAGUACGCACCCCAGCCAAUGUUGCACCAAUCCAUGUCGCCCCAACAGGCCGCCUCCGUGUACCCACCUCAACAUGGUGGCCAGGCAUCCAUGUACAACAUGCCUGUUGCCAGUCAUACAUGGGACGCCCUUAACCAAAUGAAUCGCCCCGAUGAGCCUCGCCGGUCCUCCUGGUACGGUCAGCUUUCCCAGCAGACCCCUCAGGCUCCGUCCGUCUACCCGCAAAGCCAGCACACCCAGAACCCGGGCUUCUACGGCUACGCUAAAUAG